CUUGCUGACCCGGGUGCUGUCCUGCCCUCUCAGGCUCUAGGCUUUCUGAAGGCAAGGGCACUGUGCCCAAAGGGCAAGAGCAAUGAGCCUCCAGUCUUUCUCUUCAGAGGGGAAACAGAGAUUGGCAAGUUGAGGUGCAAGCAAAGAACACCAGGAGGUCCUGGGUGGCUGGGGGUCCUGUGACCAGGAAAGGAGGGUUCAGGAAGAGGUACAGGGGGUGGUGCUCAGAGAGGCCAGUGUUCUUAGGUUAAUCAUCUCUGUAGCUCAGAUAAGACCCUGCCAGCUGGAAGCAGAGUCACUGUGACCAGAGGGUUUGUGUGGCUAAAUCGGCAGACAGGACAGCGUGACCACGUCAGGGGACCAUGCCAGGCACAAAACGGUUUCAACAUGUGAUUGAGACCCCAGAGCCUGGCGAGUGGGAGUUGUCUGGGUAUGAGGCAGCUGUGCCAAUCACAGAGAAGUCAAAUCCACUGACCCGGGACUUGGACAAAGCAAAUGCUGAGGAAAUUGUUCAGUUACUAGGGCAGUGCGAUGCUGAGAUCUUCCAGGAGGAGGGGCAAGCCUUGCCUGUGUACCAGCGAUUGUACAGUGAAUCAGUUCUGACCACCAUGGUACAAGUGGCUGGGAAAGUGCAGGAAGUGCUGAAGGAGCCAGAUGGGGGGCUGGUGGUGCUGAGUGGAGGGGGAACCUCUGGCCGGAUGGCAUUCCUCAUGUCGGUCUCCUUUAACCAGCUAAUGAAAGGUUUAGGACAAAAACCUCUUUAUACCUAUCUCAUUGCAGGCGGUGACAGGUCUGUGGUGGCCUCAAGGGAGGGAACAGAAGAUAGUGCCCUGCAUGGAAUUGAGGAGCUGAAGAAAGUGGCUGCUGGAAAGAAGAGGGUAAUCGUCAUUGGCAUCUCUGUGGGCCUCUCUGCACCCUUUGUGGCAGGCCAGAUGGACUACUGCAUGGACAACACAGCUGUCUUCUUGCCGGUCCUAGUUGGCUUCAAUCCCGUGAGCAUGGCUAGAAAUGAUCCCAUUGAAGACUGGAGUUCAACCUUCCGGCAAGUAGCAGAGCGGAUGCAGAAAAUGCAAGAGAAACAGGAAGCUUUUGUGCUCAACCCUGCAGUUGGGUUACGAUCACUCAGCUCAGUAUCUCACCUCACAGCACAAUGGGCGGAGGGGACACCAGGGUUCCUAAUUAGACCUGAGGGUCUCAGCGGCUCUUCCCGAAUGAAAGGUGGAAGUGCCACCAAGAUCCUACUGGAAACCCUGUUAUUGGCAGCCCACAAGACGGUGGACCGGGGCAUUGCAGCAUCUGAAAGAUGUCUUCUGGACGUACUUCGGACCUUUGAGCGGGCUCAUAAGGUGACCUACAGUCAGAGCUCCAAGAUUGCCACUCUGAUGAAGCAAGUCAGCACCAGCCUGGAGAAGAAAGGCCGAGUGCACUUGGUUGGCUGGCAGACGCUGGGCAUCAUUGCCAUCAUGGAUGGAGUGGAGUGUAUCCAUAACUUUGGUGCUGAUUUCCGAGACAUUCGUGGCUUUCUCAUUGGUGAUCACAGUGACAUGUUUAACCAGAAGGCUGAGCUCAUCAAUCAGGGUCCACAGUUUACCUUCUCCCAGGAAGACUUCCUGACUUCUAUCCUGCCCUCCCUCACAGAAAUUGACACUGUCAUCUUCAUUUUCACCUUGGAUGACAACCUCACAGAAGUGCAGACGCUGGUGGAGCAGGUGAAGGAGAAGACCAGCAAUAUCCAGGCCCUGACGCACAGCACAGUGGGGCAGUCACUGCCGGCCCCUCUGAAGAAGUUCUUUCCCUCCAUCAUCAAUAUCAUGUGGCCACUGCUUUUCUUCGAAUAUGAAGGGAACUUCGUGCAGAAGUUCCAGCGUGAGCUGAGCACCAAGUGGGUGCUGAAUACGGUGAGUACAGGGGCCCACGUGCUUCUGGGGAAGAUCCUACAAAACCACAUGCUGGACCUCCGCAUCCGUAACUCCAAGCUGUUCUGGCGGGCACUGGCCAUGCUGCAGCGGUUCUCAGGACAAUCCAAAGUGCGAUGUAUUGAGAGCCUCCUCCAAACCAUCCACUUUCCUCAGCCCCUGACAGAUGAAAUUCGGGCUGCGCCCAUCUCCUGCCACGUCCAGGUCGCACAGGAGAAGGAACAGGUCAUCCCCGUGGCCUUGCUGAGCCUCCUGUGUCGGUGCUCGGUCCCCGCUGCUCAGGCGCGCGUGGCUGCAGCUCCCUCGGCCUGCGAGGCCAUCAGGAACGCCCUGGGUGGGCCGGGCCGGAAGCGCGGCGCUGACCCCCCGGAGGCCUUGCAGCCCGAGGUGCAGUGAACUGGGGCUGCGCUGCCAAGGGGACUCGGAGCCCAGGCCCGGGGCGCCAGCGGCCCUCGGUGAAGAGGAAGAUUUCUUCUGCCCUGGGGGACUGUUCUUGCUCGGGACUCACUGGUUUCCACCUUCGCUAGCUUAUUCUGCUUUUAGAAAUAAAACACCUUGUUUUGUAAAGGUAACACUGCAAAGUCAGUAAAUCA